GGGCGUCCACUUCCGGUUUGUGUGUCGGUCAGAGAGAGCAGGAGAGGGUGAAGUCGAGAUAAACGUCUGUGGAGAGAUGCCCCUGGAGGUCAGAUGGCCGUUCCCACAGUGCCCCGCUCUGGCCUGGAGGAUCUCCGGCUCCCUGAUCAUGGGCAUGGUCGGCUCCUAUUCCUACUUCUGGACCAAGUACAUGAACUGUUUGAAGGUCCAGAACCAGGAGGUUCUGUUGAACCUAAUCGACCAGCGCCCCCCCGACACCCCCCUCAUCACGCUGUCCAAUCACCAGUCCUGUAUGGACGACCCACACAUCUGGGGCGUGCUGCAGCUGCGACAGCUGUGGAGCUUCAACAAGAUGCGCUGGACGCCUGCAGCCUCCGAGAUCUGCUUCACCGUGGAGCUGUUGUCCAGGUUCUUCAGCCGUGGGAAGUGUGUUCCCGUCUGCAGAGGUGACGGCGUUUACCAGAAGGGUAUGGAUUUCAUUCUGGAGAAGCUGAACAGAGGAGAAUGGGUGCACAUCUUCCCAGAGGGCAAAGUGAACAUGACUGAAGAAUUCAUUCGACUGAAAUGGGGUGUGGGUCGGCUCAUCGCAGAUUGCUCCCUCAAUCCGAUCAUCCUGCCGAUGUGGCAUGUAGGUCUGAGUGAUGUUCUGCCCAAUAUGACGCCCUACAUUCCUCGGACAGGCAAGAAAAUCACCGUCCUGGUGGGGAAACCGUUCAGCGUGAAAGAGCUGGUUGAAUCACUCCGAGCUGAAAACAAGAGCCAGAUGGAAAUGAGAAAGACUUUGACUGAUUUCAUCCAGGAGGAGUUUCGGAGCCUCAAGGCCCAGGCUGAGGUUCUUCAUGAGCAGAUCCACUCGAGAUCCUGAGUCACAGCCAAUCAGACUGAUGAGCCUUUACCCUAAAACUAGGGUAACUUAGAACACUGGACUGUUUUUACCACAUUUCAUGGUAUCUGCUCACAUCCUCUACUCCGCUGCAGCACCCGGAACUACACAGAAUCCACAGAAUCCUGACAGACCGAAGGUGGUUUAGAUGUUUCAGCUUCAUCAGGAUCAUGAUCAUUGAAAAUCAGGCUCUUCUGUGAAUUUGGGUGCAACAGGAAUUCCUCUGUAACUCAGCCAUCGUUUCAAACCGGCUUCAAGGUUUGAUUCCGUCGAUCCGAUUCAGGUGCUCAACAGGAUCAGCUCCAGGACAAACUGUGGAGAGCAGAUGACUGAGGUCCAUGGAUUCCUCAGAGUCUCUGCUGCUCCUGAUGUCCGUCACUGAGAGAAGAAGAUCUCCAACGUUUGAAGGAAUCUCGAGAAUAGAUUGAAGUGCUUCUAAAUUAACUUCAGCUGUUGUUCUCCUGCUACCACCAACCAGCUCAGUGUACAGGGGGAGAGGAGAAUGUUGGACGAUUCCACGUGUGAUGAUUUACGCCCAAUGCCAACGUUUCUGAUCACUGCAGGAAGCAGUGUGUCCUCUAGUUGUGGUGUUCUGGGCGUGUGACACAUCACACUUUAGUGCAUGAGGCCAAAACUUCAACCUUCAAUUCACAACUCUCAAGAUUUCAGUCUGGUGUUAUUUUUAUCUUAUAAACAAAAUUCUUGAUUUUGUAUCAGUUUACACAACACUCGAAUAAACUCUCAAUAUUUAAAUGAAAAGGAAGAAGGAGGUCUUUGUGCAUCUUGUUGUGAUUUGUUUUCUUGCUCCACACAUCGGGUCACGUUCUACUCCCUGGUGAAUAUUCAAAACCAUCAACUGAUCGAUGUCUUGUGCAUUUUUUUGAUGUAAAUAUCCAUCACUGCUUUACCCCAGUGACAAAUACAGUCCAGUACACAUCCUGUGGUUGCUUCACGUUACAAGUUCAACCUGUUGAUGUGAAGCAGCAGUGAUUAGAAAAUCAGACAUGAAAACACAAACACGUUGAAUUCCUCCUGCUUAUGAAGAGGAUUUAAAACCAGGGCAGGAAUCAGAGUCUCUGCCACCACAAGAUAAACUACGAUGCAAAACAGUCACCACAGAAUGAAAAAUCAAACGCACUACUGUUGAAAAAUUAAAUCAAAUUUUGUACACAACAUAAUUCAGUAAUUCUGUCUUUGCAGGAAGGUUCAGUUCUUCUCUAGCGUUCAGCUUGAGUUCACUUGUUUCCCACUUUCAGGAGAACGUUACACAAAGCUGCCGUUUGUUGAAACACUAAAUGUUUAUUGUGUUCCUCUGUUCUAUAGAUCUAUAAUUCAUAAUCUGAAGGUCAGCUGUCUGUCAGAGAGACCAAGCAGAGUGAAUGUUCGGAUAUGAUGAAGCUAAUUGUUCCAUUUUCAGUUUUGUUUUUUAAAUCAGUUCAGGAACAUCAACGUGUUCCCUGCUCUCUGUAAACCUCCUUGUUAUUUCCUAGUGGGGUAGAUUGUGUGUCUUUUACCAACACAUGAAACUGUGAGUUUUCUGUCGACCUUCUCAACAUGUCACUAUGUUUAUAACGUGUUCAUCUCUCAGAGGUCAGUGUCUUUCAUAAAGAAGGAAAGGCUGAGUGACCUCUGUGUUUUCUGAUGAAUGUAUUGCCUUACUGUGAUUGCCACUCUUUCCUAUUGUACGUGAAUGUCAAUAAAGUGUAUUUUCUAAAUUUGA